GUGAGUAGGAGGAAGAGAAGGGAUUUCUCUGGGCUGUUGCAAGACUGAUGCUGGUGAAAUAGUCUUUUCUUGAGCACUGAGUAACACUUGCCAGAAUUGGGAGCCUCUGAGCAGCACAUCCACUCAUGACUCGUGGGGAACGUGGCCAAAGGUAAAAGUGAAUAUUUUCAGCAUUAACAAGAAACAAAGGCUAAUAUUAGCUGCUUCUUUCUUAUCCCUGCUACCUCAAUCCUAAAGUGCUUGAUCUACUGAGACCAAACAGAAUGAAUGACUCAGAAGGUAAAAUUGGACUGAAACACCCAAAGGUCCCGGGGGAUUUCCCAGGUCAUGCCCUCCCUGGAGUCUUCUUCUUUAUCAUGGGUCUUUGGUGGAGCACAAAGAGUAUUUUGAAGUAUGUCUGUAAAAGGCAUAAGCGAACCUGCUACCUUGGAUCUCAAGCAUUAUUCCAGCGAUUAGAAAUGUUGGAGGGAAUUGUAAUAGUUGGCAUGACAUUAAUUGGCAUAAUUGGAGUACGGUUUUUUGCUGGAGGACCUCACCUGAUCAUACAAAAAGAGAGCUUAUGGAGUCGACUGCUGCGUUGGCAUCACUUUAACUUGUAUUUCUUCUUUGGACUACUGGGUGUGGCCAACAUCUUAUGUUCUACCAUCAGUUCACUUCCAGUCUCCUUAACCAAGUUAAUGAUGUCAAAUGCCUUCUUAGUGGAGGCUUUUAUCUUCUACAACCACACUCAUGGCCGGGAAAUGCUGGACGUCUUUGUGCACCAGAUAUUGACCUUGGUCAGCUUUUUGACAGGCCUGAUGGCCUUCAUAGAGUUCCUCAUACGGAAAAAUGUACUUCUGGAGCUCCUGCGGUCAAGCUUUGUCCUGCUACAGGGGAGCUGGUUCUGGCAGAUUGGUUUUGUCCUGUUUCCCCCUGGUGGGGGUCCUGCAUGGAAUCUGCUAGAACAUGACAACGUUACGUUUCUCACUGUAUGCUUUUGUUGGCAUUAUGCAUUGGCAUACAUUGUCAUUGGAGCAAAUUAUGCUUUUAUCACCUGGCUGGUGAAAUCUAGACUUAAGAAGCUCGGCCCCUCAGAAGUUGGACUCCUGAAAAAUGUUGAAGGAGAACAAGAAUCAGAAGAGGAAAUGUGAUUUUGAUGGGCAUCUAGUGUAUCUAGAUAAACCUAUUCUUUUUGCAUUGUCUUUGCUUAUGGUUUUGUGUUUUGGAUGUUCGUUGGAAGAUAACUAGCUGAGGAUGACUAUUGUUUGUAUUUCUAAUUUAGUUAAAGUAUUGGAGUUUUAAUAUUUUAACUAUGAAAAUACUUUGGGUGAUAAGUUCAUUUCGUACAUCAUGUACAUGGUAUUCAGGGACUGGAGUGACUUUUCUCACAUCAUGUAUCAUUUGAUGCUCAGAAUGUGAAACAUAUUGGCUUUAUUUUCCUAUGGAUGUGCUCAAGGUUCCUCAUUUACUACCAUUUGUAAUUUGUUGAACAUAGAAUUAUAAUUGUUUAUCUGGUUGCUGCAAUGAGAAAUAAAUAAAUGCACGUACCUCAAA